AUGCCGAAAACGGUGCCGCAGCGGCUCUUGGCGAUUGCGCCUGAGCAGACAGGCUGUGUCCACUUGGCACAAGAAAGCGCUGAAGCACUGGAUACGCUCAUCUGCAAAUAUAGUGCUGCGCUGCGGUACGGGCGUGCAAUCCAGUCUGGGAAGAUCCGGCCACGCGACGCUACGGAAGAAGGAGGUCAAGCGUUGAAAAAGAUCAAGCUCGAGUAUCCGACGUGUGCAGUGUGCAGUAUUGAUUUGCGUAGGCCGUACAUAUGCAUGGACUGUGCGUACAUUGCGUGUUUUUUUCGCGAUCCUAUCUCCGACACCGGCGCGCUGCCCGAAUCGGCACAGGGCGAUGGUGAAGAAGAGGGCACUUCCCACAUUGGGCUGCAUCUUGCCGAGGAAGCGCAUUCGUAUGCCUGUGAUUUUUUGCAUGGCACUUUGUUUUGCUCAGCAUGCGAUGAUGUCGUGUACGACCCCCGGUUUGAGUAUAUAUAUCGAAGAGAAAUUGGGCGCUCGCUGGUGCGGCAGCCAAACGAGGCGGCUAUGGACGCACUGAUGGAGAAUGAUGCAUUCGCUUCCAAUGGGAAAAGACUGGCUUCAAUUUGCCGUACGCCACGCGGAUUGCGGAAUAUGGGCGCGACGUGUUUCUUGAACGUAAUCCUUCAAUCCUUCCUCUACAACCCACUCUUGCGCAACUACUUUUUAAGCGAUCGGCACAAUGCAGCACUGUGUGCCAUUGGAAAAGACUGCCUGGCGUGUGAGAUGGACAAACUGUUUGCCGAAUUUUUCUCGCAGUCCGACGGCAAAGGGCCACAUGGACCCACCUCUUUCUUGUACGCCAUUUGGAUGGACAGCAGUUCGGCAGAACUUUCGCAGUCGGGCCAACACGACGCACAUGAGAUGUUUAUCAGUGCCUUGAAUGGAAUUCACAACGCGCUCACACAGCAUGCCAUGGAUCGUGGGCGGCUGCCGCACUUUCCCAUCGAUGCUCCGGACGCCAAUGAACAGCUGUACCAGCGGUCCGACCGUUCGCUCGGCACCAGGGAAAAGCAGCUUGACCACGGCGAGGGCUGUCCAUGUGUAAUUCACCGCACCUUCUGUGGUGUGCUGCAAAGCUCUGUCACAUGCUUACGCUGCGCCAAAGUAACACACACACGCGAGCCGUUUCUGGACCUUAGCUUGGACGUGCGCGCAAACGCGUUGGGCACGGUGGAGGAGAGCGAAUUGAAAAAGAGGUCUGCCAAGAAGGACGACAAAAAGACGCGUGCAGUGCCGCCCAAGACAGAAACACAAAACUUGCUUUCCUGUCUCGUUCGUUAUUGCUCGCCAGAGCACCUCGCCGAAGCGUCGUACCGGUGCAGCGUAUGCCGACACAGCUCGCGUGCGGUAAAACAGCUUGCAUUGCUGCACCUUCCACCCGUUUUGUGCAUCCAACUAAAACGAUUUGAGCACAGCACAGCGGCGACCAAAGUUGACGAUCAUGUCCAAUUCCCGCUCCAGCUUGACAUUCGCGAGUGUUGCCUUGUCUCGCAGAAAGAAACCAACGGUGCUCCCGCCAAGGACCCUGUUGCAUUCGUCUACGAUUUAUUCACAGUUGUCGUGCACGAAGGAACGCUCAGCUCGGGUCAUUAUACCAAUUACUCCAGAUGGAAGCAGCAAUGGUACCGCUUUGACGAUGACAAGGUAGCACCUGCGACCAUUGCUCAGGUAUUACAAGCGCGUGCGUACCAACUGUUCUACGUGCGCCAAAGCCUGCACAACCAAGCGAAUCAUGGAAUUCAUGUAUAG